UAUGUUUUAUUUAUUUAUUUAUUUAUCAAUCAAUACGUAGCGAAAGCAAGAUGUGACAUUCAUACCACGCGUCAGAUUGUAAUUGGUCGGGUCCCGACGAAUCAUGGUCGCAGCUCAACGCAGGAUCAGCGCUCAAUUAUUCGCAGUGUUGAGGAAAAUCAGUUAUACCAUUCGAACUACACAAAUCUGCGUCCGCCCACCGACCUACCGAUCGACAGGUAAAAGCAGAGACGACGGCGGCGGCGAUGGAAGCCCUCUUCUCGCAGCUCUCCUUCCUGGCCGACCAAGCCCUCCUCGCCGGCGACGACUUCGAUCCCUCCAAGAUCCACGACCUCCUCGCCCUCUUCGAGCAGGAGGCCUACGGCUCCUGGGCCGCCGCCGAGGCGGAGCUCCGCAAGGAGGCCGAGUUCCCCAUGCGCGAGGCCGAGGACUACCUCCACUCCCUCAUGGAGGCCGCCAACAAGUCCGGAAAGCCGCCGUCCAAGACGUACACGGACGCGGCGAUGGCCUCGGCGGUGGCCGCCAUGAAAUCGGCCUUCGCUUCGUCCACCAAGUCCAAGGUCCACCCUUGAUCCGCGCGCGCCUCUAAUUGAUCGAUUAGUAUACAUAUGCUAGAUGUGAAUAAGGAAGGAUCUCUGCCUGCCUGCGCGCCUUUGAUCUGAUGGUUGAAUUAGGUUAGACUUCUUAGACGAGGAGGAGGAAGAAGAAGAGGAGUAGUUUUUGGUUUCUGGAUGUGUUUUGGCGCAUGCGUGUUGGUUUGUUCUUGGGGGGUUCCACGCACUGAAGAUUCGAUGCCAAUAAUUAUAUUAAUUUUAUCGAUCUUCAUGUC